GUCCGUCAUGUAGUUUUAGAAAAUGUCAAAAAUAUUUUUAUUUUUUUCAGCAUUUGAAGUGUGAUUUGAAGUCUUUUGAAGUACUUAUUUUUACCAAAAUAUGUUGGGUUAAAAAUGUUAGAAAUAAGUCAAGAUAUUUAAUAUAUAAUAUGGAGUCCGCAAUGUAUAUUUAUUAAAGUCCUCUAUAAUUGAUUACUUAGUAAAUAAAAAUCGUAAAAUAAAUAGUUUUCUAUAUUAUACUUGCUUACUUCAAUCUAAAAUCAAUAUGAAAAGAGUGUACAAAACGUUAAAUAGUGUAGAAACUAGCUUAUUGAUUUGGGACAAUCCUUUUGAUACCAACGGAAAAGAUGUCAUACUCUGCGUCACUGGAAAUCCAGGAGUCACCGACUUCUACAUUGAAUUUGCAGCAGAGUUGUAUCAAUCACAUUCAAUGCCGAUUUGUGUUAUUGGUCAAGCUGGCCAUGAAGAAGUACCCCAUGAAAAAUCAAACAUAUUGAGUAGUCAAGAACAUUUAUUUAAUCUUGAAGGUCAAAUUAAACAUAAACUCGACCUUAUCAAUAACUGCAUUGAUAAGAAAAGCAAAUUACAUUUAAUUGGACAUUCUAUUGGAGCAUGGCUGAUAAUAGAAAUUUUGCAGAAAAAUUCAUCACUAAUACAUAGGGUAUCAUCUGUUAAUUUGCUUUUCCCAACUUUACAAAGAAUGGCAAUCAGUCCCAAUGGAAAAUAUAUUAAUAACACCUUAAGAAAGAUGUUCAGUUAUGUAUUAUUUAUUCUUAAACUAAUAAGGAUACUACCAAUUUGCAUAAAAAAAUUCCUUAUUGAUUUGUAUUUAUUAGUAAAAUCUUUACCACCUCACUACUAUGAAAGAAUUUACAAAGUCAUAAGCCCUAGUGUGAUGGAAAAGGUUAUGUUUCUAGCAUUUGAUGAGAUGGAUACAGUUGUGGAAUUAAAUAAAGCUGGAAUUAUAAAAAUAAAACAUUUGACAAAUGUUAUUUACAGUGAUUGUGAUAAUUGGGCACCACUGAGUUACAUGGAGGAUUUAAAAGUAUACCAACCAGAACUACAAUUGCAUGAAGUUAAGGUUGAGCAUGCAUUUGUUUUGAAGUCCUCUGUGGAUAUAGCCCAAAUGGUUGCUGAAUAUAUUCAAACUAAAUCUCAAUAAUAGUAAAACUAUUUGUUUAGAUAAAGCUAGUAGUAGUCCCGGGUAGGACAGGAUAAAAGGUUUCAUUAAAAUAAUUCUUAAGGAUAUGUGCACUUAAAUUUAUUAAAUUAACAUACUUAACAUUCGUUACAUCAUAUUUUGAGAUUGCAGUCUCUAAAAAUUGCAUUUCAUUCCUGAAGUUGUUUAUAAGAUUCAAACGAUUUGGUACAAUUUUUAAACAACAUUCAAAUCCUUAUAAAGAAACAUGAUAUAAAUAUUACAGGCUAUAAAGAAAUGAUAAAUGUAUCCCUAAUUCUUUUAAAAUACUAUAAAAUAAAUAAUGUUUAAAAUAG